AUGCCAGAAUCAUCAUUCUUCUACUCAGCAGCACCCUACCAUAUCAUUAGCUAUGGUAUCCUCCUGGGUACGACAACAUUCCAAUCUUUCGUCGGGGGAAUCGUAGCCUUUAAAUCGCUUCCUCGACCUCAGUUUGCAACCCUUCAGCAGGCGACGUUCCCAAUAUACUUUGCCAUGCAGUCCGGCUUGCCUAUGGUUCUCGCACUGACAUUCCCUGCUGAGAGGACUGCGAUCGGAACGCGACCUGCCGGCAUAGCGGGUGUUCUACAUCCAGAAAACAGAUUGCAUGUGUUCACUCCCCUGGUGACAAUGCUUAUAUCGGGUCUGUUGAACAUGGCGUACCUCGGCCCUGCAACAACCAAGUGCAUGCUUGACAGGAAACACCAGGAGACCAGGGAUGGGAAAAAGAGCUAUGAUCCUCCACCAUACAGCAAAGAGAUGCAAGCACUCAACAAGAGAUUUGAGAUGCUGCAUGGCACAUCCUCGUUGGUGAACCUGAUGUCAUGGGUGGCUAUGAUCUGGUAUGGCUUCUAUCUUGGCGACAGGAUUGCAUGA